AGGUCCGCUAGAUUAUAAUACUAGAAUCUUUGAAGCUGAUCGAAAUGUAAUCUGCUCUCAAAAAGUAUUUAAACGUGACUAUUCCCAACAAACUUCAAAGAUUCUAACUAUACGUGUUAGAAAAGUGCGCGCCAUGGAGCGGUUAGAAAUAUGGAGAAUUGAAUAUGAAGAUACGGAGAGGCGAAUAGAACGUGAAUAUCAACAAAGCCUGGUGGAUAUCGAAGAGGAAUAUAGGAAAGCUGCAGAAAAAAUCAGGUCGGAUUUUGAAGCGGAACGGCGGAAGCUUAUAAGGCAAAGUGAUGGGGCUGCACACAAUAAAUCACUGACUUCUCAUUCAUCAUCUAAACCGUGUACAAAUGUUGCCACACAGAAUUAUCCGUUCACGGCAGUUGCUGGUGUUGUAAUCAAAUCGAAGCAGGAACAACCAAAUCGCGGUAAGGCUCACUUCGUUCAUCAUAUAAAAAAGGAAAUCGGAGCUACUGGGAAGGAAAUUAUUUCGGCUGCCUAUGCUGCAUUUGUUUACAAACGUUUCGCAACUAGUUUUUCUACUAUUCGGAUGAAACAUCACAAGAACAUCACUGAGCGUCAGAUCAAAUUGAUUGCUGCUCGCAAAUAUUGUAACACCUUUCCACAAAACGCUGGUGAUUAUUUUAUAUCUGUACAAACGGAAAAACAAAUGUCUCUUCUUUCGUGCAUCACGGCAAAUGAAUGCGAAUGGAUUAUAUGGAAAUGCAGAGUCAACUGUUUGUUUGUGAUUUUCGACCCAGGAGGUAUUAGUGCGAGAGAACCUGUAUAUCUAAUACUAUUGGCAAACAGUACGCACAUCACUACAGCGAAUAACGAUAAGUGAUCGGUGGCUGUUGUAGGAGUUAUUCCAUGGGAAUUGAACAAUAAACUAUUUGGCUAGUUACCAGUGUCACGUUCGGGGGUGUUGAGAAAGUUCAGCUUAUUGUUGGUGGAACUGGCAACACUGAAACAGUCGAAGAAAUAUAAAAUGACUCGUCGGUUGGGAAAAAGGUCCGCUAGAUUAUAAUACUAGAA